UUAAACAAGAUACUAAUGCAUCGUGGGUUGAAACCAGUGAGUCUUGCUGCUCCUCAAAGCUACAGGAAUGUAUCAGAUAUGAUUGUUUUAGACAGUCAGUCUUCUCUAGGAAUAAGACUUGCUUUAAAAAUGCUGGUGGAAGAAACUGACCGACAGCAGAAAAUCAUUCAUCAGCUCCUGGAGGCUAAUCGUUGUCUUAGAGAUGAUAUACGACAGGAACGAAGUCGAGCAUCUCGACAAGAACAACGGGCUAAUGAUUUGGAAAACGUGGUAAAGAACAUUAAGUCCAAAAUUUGUCAGCUGGAAGAUGAAACAAUAGCUAAAGUUUGCCAGCAACAGAAUCAAGUCAAAGAACUUCAAAGAGAUCAACAGGUUUCACAGGCAAAGCAUCAACAGCAGCAGGAAAAGCUGCAAGAACAGGAAGAGAUUAUUGCUCAUUUGCAGAAGGAGCUGUGCAGAGUUGGGAGGGAGGAGCAACGUCGUGUUGCCACUCAAAACAAAAUGUUCUGUCAGUUUUGCAAAAGAGCUCCCAAGUCUCUUCUAGACCAGCAGUUCCUGUGUCUAAUUGAUUAUUAUGAAUCUCAAAUCAGUCAAAUAAAAAAGGAACUAAGGCAAUAUAAAAAAGAUCAAGACCAGGGACAGAAAGAAGUAAAAAGCAAGGAAGAAUUGUUAAAUCUGGAUGCUACUCCUAAUUAUAGAGCACUGCUCACGUCUUUCCAGAAACAACUUACUGAAGCAAAAACCAGGAAUGAACAGCUUUUGCUUGAAAAUGUACAUCUCAAGAAAGAUUUAGAAAUAAGACCAACUGCACAGGAAUUAAAACUUUACAAGCACCAAGUGAAGAAACUAGAGAAAACUUUAAAGAAAACUAUCCAAUCUUCUGGGAGUAGCAAUGGAGAAAGAACAGAAGAAAAGAAAGAACCUGAGAGUAUCACAGCUGCAGGAGUAGCUCAGCUGCAGGCGGUUUGCCAGCAGUACUUACAGGUUUUGUCCCAUAUUGAUUCUGUUUUACAAAGUCCAAGAGCUCCUCCAUUGCUAUACAGGCGCAGCAAAGGGCCAGUGCAAAGCUGCCUUAAAGAGAAUGGACAGCAAUGUGGUUUUGAGCACCUUCCACUUGCUAUAGAAAUGUGGGCAGAUCAGUUGAUGGCCCUAAAGGAUUUGCAUAGGUCCUUGAAAAAACUCUCGCUGGAAUUGCUGCCCUGGCACACUGCAGAUCCACCGGAUAACAGGGAAUCCAUACGAGUUGAAGACCUCCAGUUCAUAGUAGAUGCAAUUUUGGAAGAAAUAGAAAAUAAGGAAAAGAACAGCCAGACACCAUCCUUACCGACCCUGUCUGCAAUAGUCUCUCACUUCCAGAAGCUGUUUGAUGUGAAUUCUCUGAAUGGUGUUUACCCACGAAUGAAUGAGGUUUACACAAAGCUUGGGGAACUGACCAAUGCUAUGAGAAAUCUCCAUGAGCUCCUAGAACUAGACAGUUCAGCUCCACCCACUGUGGUAGUGGAUACUGUUGGGAAACUGUGUGACAUAAUUAAUGAGAACGUGACCAAGCAGGUACAGCAGCUUCUGGGGACCCAAGACAUCCACAGAAUAAUCAGUAAGUUAGAAGAACAUGAGUGCUUCUUUCCACCAUUUCAAGCUCUCAUUCAGGAUUUACUCCGUCUUCUAGAGAUCAGUAACCUGGAUGAUAUCUUACCUACUGUGCAAAAUCUGAAAUUGGCAGCUAGUUAG